AUGACACAUCGCUUACGAACACUUCAUGACGGUAUAAUGGUAGGUAUAGGCACCGUCCUGGUUGAUAAUCCACAGCUUAAUGGUAAGCAAGGAAGUAGUUGGAACGCAAAUAUGAUAUUUUCACAGUUUAUUCAAAAUAUGUAUUUACCAUCAGCCAAUGUAGCGUCCAUAAAUCAGCCUCAGCCAAUUGUACUUGACCCUUUCUUGAGGAUACCAGUAGACUGUAAACUGAUAACGAACUACAAAAACGGCAUUGGCAAGCAGCUAUGGCUGGUUGUAUCAAAAGGAGGAAUUGAACGAAAUUGCAGCAAAAAAGAAACGCUUAUAGAUAUAGGCGUAAAGUUGAUAAUCAUAGAUAAAAUUGAGAACGGUCAUAUCCCUUUACGGAACGUACUCGAGCAUUUAAAAAAAGAAGGCAUUGAUAAAUUAAUGAUUGAAGGCGGAUCAAAAAUCAUUCAGUCAUGCUUGAACAGCAAGACAUGGGAUCAAUUGAUAAUAACUACAGGACCUAUAUUUAUUGGUUCGGCUAAUGGUAUCUCGGCUGUUACAACGAAUAAUGAUGACGAUUCGAAUCUACCGAUAUUAAAAAAUGUAAAAUAUCAAAUCAUGGGUAAAGAUAUUGUGAUGGCAGCGACACAAUAA